GUAAGCCGCUGCGUUCUCUCGGACGUCAUCACCGUCCGAAAUCCCUGAAAACGCGAUGCGCAUUCCCGCUCAGUUCUGAAUGGGGGGCUCGGUCCAAUUUCUGACAGCGAGUCCGGUAGUGUAACGUUAACCGUGGACGGUCCACUCAUCCAUUCAGGUCCACUGUUUUCAGACACACCGGAAGUCAGCGAGCCCGCCUCUCUGGUAUUACACAUUCAUUCAGGUAGUCCGCUCGUGCACUCACAGCCCAACUAGUUCGGUCCAGUGUACGGACUCUUGUCUUCUCAGCCCGGGAAGUUCGUGCAAGCGUUACUGACGGGAGAAGCUGUCUCUGUCCGUCCAGGAAUGAGAGAUGAUGGCCGGCUCUAUAGCAGAAGAGAAAACCUUCCGACGGUUCCUGGAGCUCUUUCUUCGGGAGAUGAGGAUGCCUCUGCAGGAGAGCGACCCUCCGCCGAUGCGCCCCUUAUCGGACCUGGUGACUGAAGACGAGGUAGAGGGCGAAUGCCUCGACCUGUGUCUCCAGCACCUCUACAAAUAUAACUGCCCUUGCUCCCUGGCUGCAGCUCUAGCCAGGGCCACAGCGGACAGCCUCCUGCAGACUGACCUUUCCAUCCACCACCUCAACAAGACGGUAGAAGAUGGAGCUGACCCAUUACCACAGAUGGAGUCUGUGAAGCUGGCCUGGCUGGUGUUUAACAGACUGUUUGAGAUGUGCUGCCUCUGGCUGAAGGAGCUGCCUUUCCGGCGCCGCCCACAGCCGUACUACGAAACCUCCAUCCACGCCAUCAAGAACAUGAGGCGUAAGAUGGAGGACAAGCACGUCAUCAUCCCCGACUUCAACACGCUCUUCAACAUUCAGGAUCAGGAGGAACAGGCUUACUUUGCCGUGUUUGACGGUCACGGCGGUGUGGACGCUGCCAUUUAUGCUGCCAACCAUCUCCACGUCAACUUGUUCCACCAGGAGUCGUUCAGCCAGGACCCGAUCGAGGCCCUCUGCAAGGCCUUCAAAGUCACUGAUGAAGGCUUCGUGAAGAAGGCCGCGCGAGAGCACCUACGUUGUGGCACGACGGGCGUGGUGACGUUCCUGCGGGGUCGGACGUUGUAUGUGGCCUGGCUGGGAGACUCCCAGGUCAUUCUGGUCCGGAAAGGACAGGUUGUUGAGCUGAUGAAACCACACAAACCAGACAGAGAGGAUGAGAAGCUGAGGAUCGAGGCUCUGGGGGGCUGUGUGAUCUGGUUUGGCACAUGGAGGGUUAACGGCAGUCUGUCUGUAUCCAGAGCAAUAGGUGACUCAGAGCACAAGCCCUACAUCUGUGGGGAUGCAGACCAUGACGUCUUUCCAUUGGACGGUUCAGAAGACUACCUGAUUCUGGCCUGCGAUGGAUUCUGGGACACAGUGGUUCCAGAUGAGGCGGUGCGGGUGGUCAGCGACCACCUGGAGGAGAACUCUGGAGACACCACCAUGGUAGCCCACAAGCUGGUGGCCUCGGCCCGCGAUGCGGGCUCUAGUGAUAAUAUUACUGUCAUAGUGGUCUUCCUGCGGGACCCUCGCUGCCCACCACCCACCGGCACAGAGGACGAGGAGGAGGGCGUGGCGGAGGGAGAGGUGGGGGAGGAGGAGGUAGCGGAUGUGGAGGAGGAGGAGCAGGAGCCGGAAGAGGAGGAUGAGGAUGGUGAGGCAGUCAGGGCAGAGCGUGAUGGUAGGGAGGGAGGCAGCACUGCGGACAUGGGGGGGAAGGGUCGUGGAGGCUGGCCCUUGCAGCAGUGCUCGGCCCCCGCUGACCUCAGCUACGAAGACCGAACAGACUCGUUGACGGACAGAACUAGCCUCAGCCUACUGGGGCCGUCCCUGGAGGGCCGCAUCUUCUUGACCGGGGUCUCAAGGCAGACCUGCCCCGACUUUAGUCCCGACCUUUUCACAGCCUCCUACAUCUAUCGAGAAAAACGCCCGCUGAGGCGCAGAUCCUGUAUCCCCUUUCAGGAGGCCAGCAUCUCCAGCUUCACAGACCCACUGUGGCCCCAGACAUCCAUGCUGUUAGGCCAGGCAGUGAGGCAAAGCCGCAGGCUCGUUUAUGGUAGUCGCCGGUGGGGCCGGAGGAGGCCAGGCGCAUCCAAAGAGCUGCUAGGCCUUUUACCAUCCGGCCACUUGCUGCCACAUAUGCAGCGCCACUCCGACCAGAGGCUUGGAGUGGCGCUUCCUCACCUGCCCCACGAUGCCAACAUCUAAAGAGAUGACCCAAACCAAACCAAACCAAACCAUCUCCUUCAUUUAUUCAGUCUUAGCCCACACUCCACACCCACACACCUCUGCCUUCAACAACACAUCUUUCUUUGAUAGUAGGUAGUGGCUCUUGCAGACGUAACGUGAUUAUUGACUGUUUGUCGGAGUGGUGCUCUCUGUCCUAAGCCGAAAAGUUUCCAAAUGUAAGCCGGCCCACUAAACACAAGCCCUGCUCCUUAAUGCCGUAGGUAAAGCCGUAAACUGCAUCCUUUCCAGUGUGACCAGUGAGAAUGAAGCCAGAGCUUGAAAUGCAGGUUCAUAAGAUGUGUUCAGACUGAAUGUGAAAGCAAUCUUGUAUGCAAGAGUUUACUGUUGGCAGUGGAAAUAACAGAAAGAAUGGAGUUCCAGCUAAAUCUUAAAAUAAAUCAGCGUGUUGUAAGGUAGCUGAGUGUGUAACGGACUAUGACAGCUCUUCAGUGACAAGAGAAGCAGAAGUUCUGUUGCAUUCAGUCUGAACACAGAUUUAAGAUAAAUCUAUAUGCGUUGUUGCUCAACCCUCUCGGCAACGUCUUUAGACAGAAGUGAUGAUGAUGAUGUUUUUGAACAGGAAGAAAAGUAAGGAAGUUAGUAAUUUAUUUAGUAUUUUAUUUAUAAUGCACCUUUUAAAACAAGGGUUACAAGGUGCUAUACAGCACAACAAUUAAUACAAAAUAGAAAGUUAAAAAUGGGAAGUAACAAUAAUAAAAACUACAAAACAAAAUGCAAACUGAAGUUAAAUACGGUUUGUGAUGAACUCAAACACGUUCGGCAUUCUAAACUGUCAUUUCUCGUUACUUAUCGGACGAUACACACACAUACACACACACACAUAUAUAUAUAUAUGUGUGUGUGUGUAUACACAUAUAUCUUCAGUCAUAUGUUAUGUUUCUUCAGUCUGUUCCCACAUACUUGAAAAAAAACUAUUCUAAAAUAUCAUUGUAGCAUUAAGAUUUCCCUUCAACU